AUGGGGAAACUGAUCAGGAUAGGGACACGGGAGAGGCGGUUAUUCCGACGUCCAAAGAGGCUUCACUGGAGUCGCCUCCUUUUCCUCCUGGGAAUGUUGAUCAUCGGUUCCACCUAUCAGCACCUGCGGAGACCCCAGAACUCCCCUUCAAUGUGGACAAAAGUCUCUUCCCAACAGCCUAUUAAAUUGGCUGGCAGGGACCUCCCCAGUGAUGAGAUGACAGUGGUGGGAAGUGACCCUCCAGAGGCUAGCUCUGAAGUGGACGGUGAGAUACUGGCACCCCAAAACACAGUAAUCAGGGAUGAAGCAACACCUAGCAUAACAAUGGAGGAUACCCCCAACCCACCCAGAACAACCAAGAUCACUCCAACAUCGCCAAAGAAUGAUUAUAGCCCUAUAGCUGCUGGCACAGAAAGAAAAAAGGAAAAACCCCCACCUACAUCUAGCAGAGCAUCAAACCACUUCAUCUCAACAUCGGGCAGAGAGAGAAUAAAAAACUAUACUCCAAUACCCAGGGGAGAGAGGAGGAACUCCACCCCAGCUCACUCCAGGGAAAAGGGAAGGAAGUAUACCCCAUCCCCAGCAGGUGCACCAUCUGCUACCACCCCCAUAACAACAGAGAAAGACAGCAAAACUAUGGCAACCUAUAGGCUCUUGGAGACCAGACCUCCUGAGAGAAUAGUGGAAGAAACCACUGCAGCUUCUUUCAGGAGAGUGGUUCCGAACACCCCGACUUUCUUAACACGUGAAGCAGAAACAAGUCUCUUGACUACUCCAAGUUUGGUGGAAGAGAACACCCUGGGCAGUCCUGGAAGAGAGGAACAAAACAGCUCUACCAGUCUCCAGGGAACAGUCCCACAGCACACUCCAGCCACCUCUGAGGAGCAAGUGACAGUAAGAGCCAGGAUGGGUAGUAACCCAGCAACCGUCGGAGCUUCUACUGCUGCCUGGAGAAUCAGCAAUCUCUUGUCCAGAACCAGUGCACCAACCAUUAGAAUUGCCUCAGUCACCAACAGGGAGGGGGCAAAGAGACCAUCCACAGCCCCUGUAACUUCCAAAGUCAAGGCAAUCCUGACCACACAGGUCCACCGCUGUGUGGUUAUGGAACCAGUCCCAGCUGUACCCAUGACCCCAUCCCCGAGCAUAACAAACAUUCUGUUCCCAGGGGCACCCAGUCCCAGUCCCUCAGCUUCACCACCUGGCUGGCCAAAGCUCCACGCCAAGGCAGAGUACCCUCCAGACCUGUUCAGUGUGGAGGACCGGCGGCAGGGCUGGGUGGCUCUGCACAUCUUCGGCAUGAUGUAUGUGUUUGUGGCCUUGGCCAUUGUGUGUGAUGAGUACUUUGUCCCAGCCCUGGGAGUCAUCACAGACAAGCUGCAGAUCUCUGAGGAUGUGGCAGGAGCCACAUUCAUGGCUGCCGGAGGCUCAGCCCCUGAGCUCUUCACCUCUCUCAUUGGCGUCUUUAUCUCCCACAGCAAUGUGGGUAUUGGUACCAUUGUGGGCUCUGCUGUGUUCAACAUCCUUUUCGUCAUUGGCACCUGUGCCCUUUUCUCCCGGGAGAUCCUCAAUCUUACCUGGUGGCCCUUGUUCCGCGAUGUCUCCUUCUACAUCCUUGACUUGUCCAUGCUCAUUGUCUUCUUCCUGGACAGCCUCAUUGCCUGGUGGGAGAGCCUGCUGCUGCUGCUGGCCUAUGCCCUCUAUGUGUUCACCAUGAAGUGGAACAAACAGAUUGAGCUUUGGGUGAAAGAGCAGCUCAGCAGGAGGCCGGUAGCCAAGGUCAUGGCCCUGGGGGAUCUCAGCAAGCCCAGUGAAGGUGCCAUUGAGGAAAAUGAGUCACAGGAUAACAAGAAGCUCAAGCUCCCGUCUGUGCUGACCCGAGGGAGCAGCUCGGCCUCACUACACAACAGCAUCAUCCGCAGCACCAUCUACCACCUCAUGCUCCACAGCCUGGACCCCCUGGGGGAAGCCCGCCCCUCCAAGGACAAGCAGGAGAGUUUGAAUCAGGAGGCCAGAGCCCACCCCCAGACCAAAGCAGAGAGCAGUCCCGACGAGGAGGAGCCAGCCCAGCUCCCUGAGGUCACCGUCACUCCAGCCCCUGCUCCAGACGUCAAGGGAGAUCAGGAGGAGGAUCCAGGCUGCCAGGAAGAAGUGGGUGAGGCUGACCGAACAGGUGAAACUCAACCAGGCGAAAGGGAAACUGAGGCAGAAGGAAACGAAGAUGAAGAAGGGGAAACUGAGGCAGAAGGAAAAGAAGCUGAACAAGAAGAGGAAACUGAGGCAGAAGGAAAAGAAGAUGAGCAAGAAGGGGAAACUGAGGCAGGAGGAAAAGAAGAUGAACAUGAAGGGGAAACUGAAGCAGAAGGAAAAGGAGAUGAGCAAGAAGGGGAAACUGAGGAAGAAGGAAACAAAAAUGAAGAAGGGGAAACUGAGGCAGAAGGAAAAGGAGAUGAGCAAGAAGGGGAAACUGAGGCAGAAGGAAAAGGAGAUGAGCAAGAAGGGGAAACUGAGGCAGAAGGAAACAAAGAUGAGCAAGAAGGGGGAACUGAAGCAGAAGGAAACAAAGAUGAGCAAGAAGGGGAAACUGAGGCAGAAGGAAAAGAAGAUGAAGGGGAAACUGAGGCAGAAGGGAAAGGAGAUGAGCAAGAAGGGGAAACUGAGGCAGAAGGGAAAGGAGAUGAGCAAGAAGGGGAAACUGAGGCAGAAGGGAAAGAAGAUGAACUCAAAAGGCAAGGUGAAAUCCAGGCUGACGACACAGAGGUAAAAGAUGGUGACGAUGAAACAGAAGCCAACGCUGAAAAUCAAUGUGAGACCACCCAAGGUGAGAAAGGUGCAGAUGAUGAAGGGGGAAGUGAUGGAGGGGACAGUGGAGAAGAGGAAGAUGAGGAGGAGGAAGAGGAGGAGGAAGAGGAGGAAGAAGAGGAGGAAGAAGAGGAGGAGGAAAACGAGGAGCCUCUGUCCUUGGAAUGGCCUGAGAGCAGGCAGAAGCAGGCCCUUUACCUCUUUCUCCUGCCCAUCGUGUUCCCACUGUGGCUGACGGUCCCUGAUGUGCGGAGGCAGGAGUCCAGGAAGUUUUUCGUCAUUACCUUCCUGGGAUCCAUCAUCUGGAUAGCCAUGUUCUCGUACCUCAUGGUAUGGUGGGCUCACCAGGUCGGUGAAACCAUUGGGAUUUCGGAAGAGAUUAUGGGUUUGACAAUCCUAGCAGCAGGCACUUCAAUUCCUGACCUCAUCACCAGUGUGAUCGUUGCCCGGAAAGGCCUGGGAGACAUGGCUGUGUCAAGCUCAGUGGGCAGCAACAUAUUUGAUAUCACAGUGGGCUUACCUGUCCCUUGGCUCCUCUUCUCUCUCAUCAACACACUGCAGCCUGUUCCAGUCAGCAGCAAUGGCCUGUUCUGUGCAAUUGUCUUGCUGUUUCUCAUGCUCCUGUUUGUGAUCUUCUCAAUCGCAUCGUGUAAAUGGAGAAUGAACAAGAUCCUGGGCUUCACGAUGUUCCUUCUUUACUUUGUAUUCUUGGUAAUCAGUGUGAUGUUAGAAGAUCGAAUCAUAGCCUGUCCUGUAUCUGUCUGAUUCGGUCACUGAUGCUCAAGAUGGACACAGACCAGAAGACCAUGCCAGAAGCUACUGUUCCCUCUUGCCACACCAGUCAAAGAAUGGACAUGAUCAGGAAUGUGAACUGGACAGCCUAGACUCUCUGAAGUGACUGUCAUUGUGAUUGAGGCUUCUCUUUGCAAACACCUGCAUUUUCUGGUGGGUUAAGAACAUUACUUUGGAAGGGAGGCUUCCUACCACUCAGGCCUGUUCCUCUCACAAAAUCAGCAGGAGGACCUGUGCAGCCAAAGGGCUUUCCGCAUGAGACCUUGGUUAAGGCUGGGACAGCAGAAAUAAGACAAGCAUCCUUGCUCACAAUUCCCUGGUUACUCCUGAAGAGCCUCUGGACUAGGGGUGUAGGUGUUGAAAGCUUGCUCUCCUGGCCACAGCCCCAAACACAUUCUGCCACGUGCUAUUCCUCUUGGUGCAAAUGUGAAGUCACAUCAGGUCUGCAGUCGUUAUAAGUUCAGCUAAUAAGUUUAAGGAGCUAAGGCUAUGAAGGGGCAGGAAUAAAUUUAUCACUGUUCCCCAUAGUCCUGUAAGACGCAAGCCACUGUUUUCUAUGUUAAAAGGAAACUUUUACUGUUGCAUUUCUAAAAAUGAAGUUAAAACAGGAAAUAGCCUAAGAAAACAUACAUAAACAUGUAUAAUUUGCUUCGAUCUGAAGGCAGAAAUUUGAGAAAGAAAUCUACUCUUAGGGCUAUUUACUGGAAAAUCCAUGUUUGGUUUUUGUCUCCAUCAGUGGUCACUUCAAAGGAUUAGACAUUCUGACACAGCUUCCCUGCUGUCCCCCAAGCAUUUUCUUGUCCAGGAGUGACAAGUGUCACUAGAGUCAAAGGGAUGUAUUUGCAGAGAGUACAAGCUGGCUUAUAGAGAUCUAGGGCUCAGUGCUAUGCUUGUAUGCCAACCUAGACAAGGCUACAGAGCAAGACUAGUCCUGUGUAUACUUUCUCAGUGGAUCUUGAGACAAUUUACCAAGGAGAAAUUUAAAAAAUGCUUAGCACAAUGAUGACAUAGGGAGAAAGAAAGGAGAAGCGCUUGCUAUGCAGACUAGGCUGGCCUUGAACUCACAGAGAUCUAUC